GCGCCACCAUACCGCGUCCCGCUGCGUGUGGUAAGCCGGAGACAUACUGUCUUACUGUAGACGUGUCCCAGGGUCUGCCACGCAACAUUCUCCAUCCCGAACGCGCCAUUACCUGGAUCACAGGAGGUCAGGCAACGGGAUGGCGCACGUAUGGUUAGUAAUCCAAAAAGUGACCACCCCUCCUCUGCCCCGCUGACGCACCAUGCCGCCAGCUUUCAAUGGCAAGUUCCGCGGGACGGUGCCCAUCAACUGCGGCAAGCAGGGCUAUCAGGACCUCGACAUCUGGUUUGGAUGGGUCAAGGGUUGGAGCAACAUGAGUACGAUCAGCACGCUCCUCCAGGCUAGAAGCUCCGACGACCAGUCGAUGAACCCACACGCGCAAGGCACAUCCCUGGGCUCUUCCACGCCUUGGGUCGACUUUGAUGUCUGGUGUAUCACCUGA